UUUCCUGGUGGCAGGGCUCCUUUAAGAGGCAGAGCUCAGUGCUGGGAAUUCACGUCAGUUUCAGCCCUGAAACUCUCAAGAUCAAUGAGCAAAGAGCUUUCUCUCACUUCUGUCUUUCAGUUUCUCUCUUCCAGGAAGGAAAACAUUCACGGAGAGGGGGAGAGAGCGAGGACACCAGCCUCACCCUUCAGCUCUCAAAACACAACACCGGCAAAUUACAUCAAACAUAUUCACCCCUUCCUUCAAAGGAAAAAAACCAAACAACCCAGCCAAACAUCACAACAAAACUAUGCAGGCUGCCUCUCCGAGGGGCAAAUCUGCAGGAUCUUUGGGGCUAUGUGGAAAGAUGGUUGGAGUAACUUCUCCUUAAAUGAUUACGUCUGUGUGUGAAGGAUUUCUGGGUUGGGGAGAGGAAAGGAAAGUGGAAAAAAACUGAGAACUUCCUGAUCUCUCGCUCCUUUCCCCCCCUUUCUGUGAGACAUGUCUGAGGCUCCUGCUCAGUGUUGCAUCAAGCAGGAAAGAAUUUCAUACACACCUCCAGCAAGCCCAGUAGUGAAUUACCCUUCCUCAUCACCACUACAUGUCCCAGUGCCUCGAGCGAUCCGGAUGGAAGAAGACGCGAUCAGACUGCCGGCACACCUGCGCUUGCAGCCAGUUUACUGGAGCAGGGAUGAUGUGGCCCAGUGGCUGAAAUGGGCAGAGAAGGAGUUUUCCCUGAGGCCGAUUGACAGCAACACUUUUGAGAUGAAUGGAAAAGCACUCUUGCUCCUGACCAAAGAGGACUUUCGAUACAGGUCUCCUCAUUCAGGUGAUGUGCUAUAUGAACUCCUUCAGCAUAUCCUGAAACAAAGGAAAGCUCGCAUGCUAUUUUCGCCUUUCUUCCACCCUGGGAACUCUAUCCAUGCUCAGUCAGAGGUCAUGUUACACCAGAACCAUGAUGAAGACAACUUCAUCCAGAGACCUUCAAGACCAUCAGCAGAGACAGUCCAUCACAACACCCCCACCAUUGAACUGUUGCAUCGCCCUAGAUCACCUAUCACCACCAAUCACCGGCCGUCACCAGACCCUGAGCAGCGGUCGCUGAAGUCCCCAUUGGACAACACUGUCCGCCGCCUCUCCCCAGCUGAUAGGGUCCCAGGGACACGGCAUCACCAAGAGAACAACCACCAAGAGUCCUAUCCACUUUCAGUGUCUCCUAUAGAGAAUAACCACUGCCCGCCUCCUCCAGAAGUACUUCAGAAGCCUUCCAGCCCUCGCCAGGAGAACACCAGGGUCAUCCAGCUGAUGCCCAGCCCCAUCAUGCACCCUUUGAUAUUGAACCCCAGGCAUUCGGUAGAAUUCAAACCAUCGCGGUUGUCUGAGGAUGGGCUACACAGGGAAGUAAAGCCCAUCAAUCUGUCCCACCGGGAAGAGCUAGCAUACAUGAACCACAUCAUGGUGUCCGUCUCCCCUCCUGAGGAGCAUGCAAUGCCAAUUGGAAGGAUAGCAGACUGCAGACUGCUUUGGGAUUACGUCUAUCAGCUGCUUUCUGACAGCCGGUACGAAAACUUCAUCCGAUGGGAGGACAAAGAAUCCAAAAUAUUUCGGAUAGUAGAUCCCAACGGGCUGGCCCGACUGUGGGGAAACCACAAAAACAGAACAAAUAUGACCUAUGAGAAAAUGUCCAGAGCCCUACGCCACUACUACAAACUAAAUAUCAUCCGGAAGGAGCCAGGACAAAGGCUUUUGUUCAGGUUCAUGAAGACCCCAGAUGAGAUUAUGAGUGGCCGAACAGACCGCCUCGAGCACCUGGAGUCCCAGGAGCUGGAUGAACAAAUCUAUCAGGAGGAUGAGUGCUGAAAGAACCAACACUCUGUGGGAGAAAUGUUGGCCCAGACGGCUGCAGGAGUUUGGGAGGGGGAACAAGAACACAGGAGCAGAAUAUGGGGUCAGUGCUUAUCUUGAAGACCAUGCAGGACCCGAAGCACCUUAGUAAAACACAAACAAACUGGCAGCAGUGGUGGCGGCAGCAAGGUGGCAGAGAGAGAGCCUGGCCUCAUGCACUACUUUGUUGUCCCUACAGAGUCUUCCUUGACUCAUUUUUAUUUUCCUGUUGUUGAUUUGUUUGUUUCAUUCUUUCCUAAUAAACAUGCAGUUUGACUUUUCUUAAUUCAUAUAGGACAAGAUGCCACGAUUUGCUUUUUCAAGUCAUCUUUUGCUACAAUCCUGGGACACCUUACCAGUGUAUGUUGGGCUGGCAAUUAACUGUUGGCACAUGGACCAAAUCACCUAAGUGCUCUGUGGAAGAAGGGAAAAAUGACAAACAGGAACCAUCUCUGACAAAACACAAUAGACUGAUGCUGGCUUUCACCCUUCCUCUAGCAGAGGAGCCUUUGAAUAAAAGCAACACAGGGACAGUGUGGGCUUUCUUGUCCAUGUCUUCUAUCCAAGAGAAAGGGUUGAAAUAUUUGUAAUUACAAGUAGCCAUGAUUUCCACAGCAGCUAGCAGUUUUGAGGGUGAAGGUGAAGGGUUCUUUUUAUGCCUUGAGGGGAAGGAAAAAAGAUGAAGACCCACAGUUGCUUAUAAUACUCAGAAGCCUCCCUAGGAUCAGCCAGAACUGCUGGAUAGAAAAGCGAAACCAGAAGCAUGAAGAUAUGUGGAGGACAACCAGAGACCAAAUAGCUAUCCUGGUAUCCUGAAACUGGUUGUUUGAUGCCUCCAACUUCCUGCUCCAUCCCUCCCAAAUGCAUCUCGACCAGCCAGAGAUCACUCCGCCGCUUGCCCAUUUUUUAGCAUGGUUUUAAACAAAACAAGCAGCCUCCUUGUGUUCUCCUUUUAAUGUUCAGACAUUCUUGUUUUGGCAGCCCCAGUUUGGAAUGCAGCCGAUAGAGCAAGAGCAGCUUUGGCUGCUGCCUGCCACUAUUGGAACAGAGAAUCUGGCCUAGAUGGCUGGCAAGGAAGGGGUGGCUCCUUUAAUCUGCAUGGACUUUUACGUCCCAGACUAGAGAAACUAUUUCCCUUUGUAACAUUGGUCACUCCCAUUGGUGGUUUCAGGAUAAGUGAUGGACCCAUCAUCAGCCAUCCCUUGUUAGUGAAGAAAAAAAAUUAGCGGCAAAAUAUGCAUUUGGGAAAGAAGAAGCUCCAAGUAAGUUUUCAACCAGGAGAUUGGACUUUCUCUGCACUGUGAUGUCCAAAGGAAAGGAAACCUGUGUCUGUUCAUUAAUAAAAUCUCUUUUGUAGAUCAUAGAAAUCUGAAAUGGAAGAAAUCAAGGGAUCAUUACCUCUGUCCCACCAAAAAGUCCAGAUACAACACCUGAUCUUCACCAAAUAUUUAAGACGAAUGUUGCUUUCCAGAAAACUUUCCACUUAGUUAGGAGUGGUGCCCUGUAUAGUUAUGUAAUUGUAGUCCAAUUUCACUGCAAGGUGUGCUGAGUCACUUAUGGUAGAGUGACAGGUUGGUUUUUUUUUUUUUUUUUGGUCUUUUUUAAAUGGGCAUAGAGUAUCACAUCAUGGAAUUAGAACAAAAACCCUUCCCAGUUGGCCUAAGAUGAAGAAAGACUGUCAAUACAUCUUCCCUCCCAAGCUUUAUGGAACUGUUUUUUCCAUAAUCUUAGUUUACACCACACUGGGCAUUUGCCUUUUCUCUGCAUCAAAGAACAGCAGCACCAAAUACCAGCAAAAGAGAAGAUUGCCAUCGCGUCAUUCCCUGAUGUGGCUCUGAAAAGGAUUCAGAGGGAGAGGUGCUGAGGAAUUGAGGCUUUGUAGCCAUGGACUUGAAACUGAAGGGAGAGGGAGCUGUUUUUGUUUGAUUCGAGCUAAAGAAUGUGGCUCUGUUCAAGGAGACAGGUGACAGUCCCUUCUCAGGAGCUGAGGCUCAUGCUUAGAUUAUGAGAGCAAAUACCCUUAUGCUUUUGCUAUAGCACACAGAGUUGGCAAACCUCUAACUAAGAAAACUCAAGACAAAAAGAAGGGAGACUGCAACUAAGAAAUGGAGAGGGAAACAUGAACAAGGUUGAAAGGAAAUUCCUUAUUCUUGUUUUCUUUUUGUGAAAAUAGGAAGGAAGAGUUUGCUCUUUUAUCUCGACCAAUAGGUGUUGAGCAUUCAUGCCCUCUGCUUCUCCAACUUGUCAUUAUGGCAUGGUUGGGACAAGGAGGAGGAGAAUUCUUGUAUUUAAGGGCUCUGCUAACCGGUGUUGAUUUGUGUGUGCUGAAGAGUUUGCCAAUUUGGUCCACACACCCCUGCCAUUUGUGGUGGCAAACAUGGUGAAACUUCCUCACCGUAAGGCUGGUAAGGAACCUUGAAUACACAUCCACUUGUCUCAGGCUGAAAUUUAACAGAGAAGUUUUUGCCUUUGACAAAAGUUGGUAAUUGAUACCUGCAGGAACCAAGAAAGAAUCUAGACUGCAACAUUUUUGAGAUAAGUUUUCUUUCUGGCGUUGGAAAUUUUCUUGAGUCAUACAACUAUGGUGUGUGACGACCUCUCCCUCUGCCCCAUUCCUCUUCAGAGUCCACUUCCUCCUUCACAUCCUUCGUGAAGAAUAGCUUUGCCAAGAAAAAAACACAGACAAACCAGUAAGAAUAAAAUAGUCUUUGGAUUCCCAGCAGGUCCUUAGCAUGGUGAACUUUUCAGGCAAUAGUGUUCUGAUUUUUCUAUCAAGAUCUAAAUGGCUAAGGGAGGGAGUGUGAAAAGCUGGAGCGCAUGACCAAACAGCCUGCCAGACUGUAGGGACUUGCAAUAUCUGAAUUUGAGGUAUCCUUAGGGAUCUUGGGAGCAAGUCAGUUUGAAAAAAGACUUCUACAGCACCUGCAGGAAACAGAUUCACUGCCCUCUUACAGAGAGAUCCAAACAUGGAAGCCAUAUGAAGUGUAGGUAAAACAUGACUGAACUAUCGAUAUUCGAUAGAUGGGAAAUGGUCAUGAGACUAUCAACAAGAAUUUUGCCCUUUUCACCUCCCUCCACCCCUGAAUUCCAAGUGUAGGAUUUGCCCAUCUGCCACGUAGCCAUACUUUCUGCUCACUUCCCCAAGGGAAGCAGGAAAGGGGAGAAAGAUUCUAAGGAGUCCCUUAAUCAUUGGGAGAUGGGCCUUUUCUUCAACUAGUGUGGUUACAAAGAGCCCUCCCCUGCCAUCAACAUGCUAUACAUCUAAGCAAGCCAGAUCCUUCUGCAAACAGAAGGGGCGGGGGGCAAUGCUGCUUGGGCAGGACAGAGAUAAUAGGUCUGUAAGCCAAUAAGGAAACCUUCUUGCAGUUGCAGUCUUAAACCUUGUGAGGACUAUCCAUUGAGAAAACACUAUUAGGGCCACCUGCAUAAACACUAAGUAAUGGCAACCACCCCUGAUCUCAGACAAAUACCGAGCAUGCAUUCUUCAUGAUUUCUCUUUAUAUGACUGCAACCAUGUGCAAAUCCAGAAUGCAUUUUUAAAAUGAAUUCUAGUCUGUUUUUAUUAAUGGCUUUUUAAAAAAAAAAAAAAAAAAAGUAAGGUGUGGGGUUAAGGGACUGAAUCAAAUGAAUGUAAAAAAAGAAAACAAACAAAAGCCUAUUCUCAGGGCCAGUGAGUUGCAAAUAAUUUUUAAAAAUGCCUGUAAUUACAUCAUCUCAAUAAAAAAAUUUUAAUAUAAAAAUAAGAAU